UCGCUACCACUACAGUAACGCCAGUGGUGAGGACGUUCGACGUCAGUCCAGCUAUUCACAAGGUGACCACGAGGAUCGAAUUCGACAGCUUCGAUUUCAGGCUUGUCAGCCUUCUUGGCUUGUUUUCUGAUUUCGAUCUCGUCCAUUGACGAUGCCAACGUCAAGAUCAUCGUCGCCUCGUGAUACCCCCCAUCGGUCGUCCACCCUUCCACCAACCGCGCCGCUUUCAUCACAGGUCGGCGGACACGCAGGAGUACAGACAACAGAGGAUGGCUCGUUACUCUUCAAGCCAGUCUUUUCUAGGGAGCUGGAGUUCGUUCGCGAUGGCUUAUCGCCAGACAUCGCCGCCACGAUAGCGGUUGCGUCGGGAUUGAAACCGUUACCACCAUGGAUCCCAAAAUUCCUAGGGCUGCUGUCGCUCGGAAACCACCUUGUUGAUAAGGUGCCCGCCAUCGGAUCACCCAACGGAACAACAACCACGAUCGUCCUCGAGAAUCUCACGUAUGGGUUCCACAUACCAUGCAUUCCCGAUGUCAAAUUGAGAACCGUACUCUAUAAUGAGGACGCUUCCCCAGCGAAAAAGGAGCGUAUGAUUCGCACUUCUGCGAACACGACCAGUCUCAGCACUGCCAUACGUCCUACGGGCUUCCAGGAAAUAUGGUAAAGCAGUCAAGCCAGAACAUCUCCCGGAUAGGACGUCUGUUCAGACUCUCAUUAGCAUACACACGACUCACUCCUGGACAAGGACCUGACCUGGGCGUGCCACUUGGUAUAGAGACGCUUAUCCGACUCAUUCGCGGGCAGCGGGGCGUUGUUCAGGCGUUGGUCGAAGAAGGCUUCCAUACUGACAGCACUAGUCGUCACACAUAGAUGCGAUACACCAUGCCGUGGUAUACGUGCCCGGCA